CACAUUGAUCUUUUGUCUGGGUUGUUUCAUUUUACAAUCACCCCUAUAGUGGUGGAAGUAACACCAUUCUUGUGUUCCUGAUUAUGUACUACAUGACAAAGGACAGCAGUUAUAAAUACUGUUGCUGGCCGUUAUAAACGUCAGUGGAGUUUAUUUGACAUUUUUUUAAGUAACUAAACGCUUGGCGUCUCGAAUAACCAACAGCUACGGGCGCGAAUUGAUUAUAUCCAAAUCCAACGGUAGAUCGCUAUCGCUUUCCCUUUUUUAACACACCCAGGAAGGAAGGUGGAUUGAGCAACGUGACGCAGAGGUCGGGCGUCGCUCCUCCACCAGGAGCAGCGAGCCACUCUCCCCUCGCUGGCCGACCAGAGGGAGCAACGCACGGAUAGCAGCGGAAGCUAAGCGGCGUGAUUUACAAGAAGUAGCCCGUGUCAUGUUUACAACCGAUGGCGAUCUGUUGUCGUUGAAGCGAGAAUGCCCAGGCGCCACGGGAGAAAUAACUUGGGAUUGAUGUUGGAUUUACUAUAGAGGCAGGUUUCUCUUAUUGUGCAGUGUGUGUAUAUAUGUGUGUGUGUGUGUGUGUGUGUGAGAGAGAGUGUGUGGCGCAGGAGGAAAGGAUGAGUGGAGAGCACCCGCGGCCAGAUUCGGUCGUCUGGUUACGAUUGAAAAGCUUGAUCUUUGUGUGGCUUGAAACAAGCCACCUUUUCUCGGAGUGAGGACUUUAGAGGCGGUGCUGUGGCGCGCGGUACCAAGAUGCUCCCCACGCAAAGGAAUCGAUGAAAACUCCCAAUGAAAACAAGGAGGAGGGGUAGGGCUGCAACACUAUGGAGGACAAGGAGAACAGUCUGAAAACGGCCAGGUUGUGGAGGGAUGCGGCUAUCCGAUCGAGGAAGCUGCGAAGCAACCUGCGCCAACUCACCCUCUGCUCUACCGACGACCAAAAGAUUAUAUUGCCCGAUGAUAUUGGAGAGAUUGAGGUGCUCAAUCUGGGAAACAACUCGCUGCAGGAGCUACCGGAUGGUCUGGGAUCCACCCUUAACAACCUGCGUAUCCUCAUCCUCCGCAGAAACAAGUUUACCUCCGUUCCUUCUGUCGUUUUUGAGCUUGGGCAGCUCGUGGAACUGGACAUGAGUCACAACUGCCUGCGGAGCCUGUCGGAGGACAUCGGCCAGUUGAAACGGUUACAAAAGCUAUGCAUCAGUCACAACAAGAUUCAGUACCUGCCAUCGCAAAUCGGGGCGCUUGAGGGGUUGGAGGAGCUCGACGUGAGUUUCAAUGACAUUCGUGAUGUGCCCCGGUCGUUCAUGCAGCUCAACAAGCUACACACGCUGGAUGCUGAUCACAACAAGCUCAACCAGUUCCCCUCUGAGAUCCUUGCCCUGCGGGACCUGGAGGAACUCGACUGCUCUGGGAAUAAAUUUGAGACACUGCCAGGAGACAUCACAAAGCUGCAAAAGUCUAUUAAAAUAUUUUGGCUGAGUAGUCUUCACAUUUCCAGGUUACCCGACACUUUCUGUCAGCUGCACAAUCUCGAGAGCCUCAUGCUGGACAGUAACAUCCUCACUGCACUGCCUGCCUCUUUCGGUAACCUCCAGAGACUGAAGAUGCUGAACCUUUCCUCAAACGACUUUGAGAACUUCCCCAGUGUCAUUUUGAAUAUCACGGGAUUAGAGGAGCUGUACCUCAGCAGAAACAGACUGACGUCGGUCCCCGAGGAGAUUGGGAAACUUUUGAAGCUGGCCAACCUGUGGCUUGACAACAACAACAUCACGUACCUGCCGGAUUCCAUCGUGGACCUGGAGAACCUGGAAGAGCUGGUGUUGCAGGGUAACCAAAUAGCCAUACUGCCUGACAACUUCGGGAAGCUCGCCAAGGUCAACAUCUGGAAGGUGAAGGACAACCCGCUCAUCCAGCCGCCCUACGAGGUGUGCAUGAAGGGGAUCCCCUACAUCGCGGCCUACCAGAAGGAGCUCGCCCACUCCCAGCUGGCCAUCAAGCCCAGGCUGAAGCUUGUGUUGAUGGGAAGGACUAACAGUGGGAAGACGCUGCUCAGGCAGAGUGUGGUCGACCAGCACAGGGACUCGACCGGCUCCCCAGGGAAGAAGGGGAUCGAGGUGACCAACUGGGUCGCGGACGCCGAGCGCAGCCUCACGUUCUUGGUGUACAACUUGUCAGGGAAGCCGAACUACGACCUCAUCAAACCCUUUUUCCUGUCGCCGGGCGCGCUGUACAUCCUCGUCGUGAACCUCAAGGCGUACUCGCCCAGGAACUUCUACGCGCACGUGGGGUAUUACCUCCACCUGCUCACUGCCAAAGUACCCCACGCCGUGGUGUGUCUGGUGGGCACGCACGCCGACCUCUGCGGCGAAGCGGAGCUGGAGGGCAAGACCCUGGACAUCCACCGGCAGAUCUCCCUGCAGGAGAAGGCGGACGUCCAGGCUCUGAGGAGCCUCUUCCUGCAGGUGGAUCAAGGGCUGGAGCAGGGCUUCAACCUCCGCUCCUGCAGCCCCCACGUCCUUUUCUACGGCGUCUCGGACCGGAGCCUGCGGCGGAAGAAGACGCAGCUGCAGUACAUGCUGAACCACCGGCUGCAGAUCCUUUCGCCGGUGCUGUGCGUCAGCUGCACAGCGAGCCAGGUGAACGUCCAGAGGCUGCGGGAGAAGCUCAUGGCGGUGGCGGAGCACCGGGAGAUCUUCCCCAACCUCCACCGCGUGCUGCCCAUGAGCUGGCAGGUGCUGGAGGAGUUGCACUUUAAGCCCACCGACCUCUGGCUGUCAUGGUGGGACUCGGCGCGCCUGGGGCUGCAGGCGGGGCUGACGGAGGACCGGCUGCAGAGCGCCCUGUCCUACCUCCACGAGAGCGGCAAGCUGCUCUACUUCGAGGACAGCCCGACGCUGAAGGAGUACGUGUUCCAUAACCUGCCGCGCUUCAUCGCCAUCCUCAACGUCUUCUUCCAGCGGGACCAGUCCACGCUGCUGGACCGGCUGCUGUCGGAGGGGGAGCGGGGGGACAAGGGCCGGGUGAGCCUGGUCAUGGAGGGGGAGAAGGGCGAGCGGCUGAAGGUGACCCACCUGCAGCACCACCUGGAGGGCUUCCUGCAGCACGGCCUGCUGCCCUCCAACGUCAUCCGGCUGCUGCUGCGGCCGCUCAUCCAGACGCAGCAGGACCUCCACCUGAUCAUGGAGCUGCUGGAGAAGAUGGGCAUGUGCUACUGCAUCAACAAGCCCCGGAGCAAGCCCCUGAACGGGGCCACGGCGUGGUACAAGUUCCCCAGCUACGUCAGCGACGAGGUGCCGCGCGCCGAGGCCUGGAUGGGCGGCCGCGGCAAGGAGGAGCAGUGUCCGCCGUUCUCGGUGGAGCAGCUGCACAUCGAGUACAGCUUCCCGCUCGUCUUCCCGCCGGGCUUGUUCACGCGCUUCAGCGUGCAGAUCAACAGACACGUGGUGCAGCGGUCGGACGGCCGCCACCAGAUCUUCGCCCACCGCGGCAAGGUGCCCGUGGUGAUCAGCCACCGGCCGCAGGCAGGGACGCUGUCCAUCGCGAGCCACGCGUCGCUGCCCAACAUCUGGACGGCGUGGCAGGCAGUGACGCCCCUGGUGGAGGAGCUGAACGUCCUGCUGCAGGAGUGGCCGGGCCUCCUCUACUCGGUGCAUAUCCUGUGUUCCAAGUGCCUCAAGAAUGGGUCGGCCAGCCCGCACCGCUUUCCAGGUGAGCUUCUGAGUCAGCCACGCCCUGAGGGCCUCACGGAGAUCAUCUGCCCCCAGGGUGGCACUGAGCGGGUGGACGUGGCGCUGGUGUACCCCCCCACGCCCACCGCCGUCAGCCCCUGCUGCAAAUGACCCGCUGGAUUGGAGCCGCAGCAGCCGCCCGUCUACCACUGACUCACCGGCUGGCUUGCUGGCUGACUGGCUGACUGGCUGACUGACUCACCCCUUCCCUGCUUUAUCUCAUCUAAAGCUGCCUCCUGUCACUUUGUGGGAUGAUUUUGACAUUUUUAAGCAGAGACCACCAGGUGUGAGGGGGAUGAGUCUUGAUGAGACGUUUGAAAGUCGAUCCGCUUGUGACGUCACUAGUUGGGGUGGUCCACCUAAUGGAUGUCACAACUGGAUCGAUCUUUAAAUAGCUUGUAAGCGUCACUAGAAUCUUUUCUGUUCACACUUGUGCAAAAACAAGAGCGGUCAAACCAACAGUCCUUUUGGGUCCUACCCUGAACUGAACCAACAGCUGAACCACCAACAUUAGCGCCAACGGUAUCUGUAUCAUCUGUAUCAUGCAUCAGCAUCACUACUUGGUGCAGUGUUCAAUCGCGCAUCAGAAACUCUUUUCCCUCAUCAUGACGCUUCUGAGCCACCUCAUAUCCAUCCGCCUGGAUCCGUUUUUUCUGUUCUGUACUUUCCUCUCAUUCACCAAAGUGAAAUGUUCCGCUUUCACGGGUCCUCAGCAUGUUCAGAACCACAGUAUUGGGAGACCGUACGUCAUUCACGUUUCACACAAUAGCCAAGAAGGAAAAGAUGAACUCUCGUCGGCUCAAGUAAUUCAGUGUUGUUUGUGCACACCUUUCUAACAAUCAUACGGUCUCGAGGGAGAUUCCCAGGUGACGCCCCUCGCUCACACACGUAGGGCUCCAGAAGACGUCCUCCGACGCAACGCCCAGUGGGAACAAGGAAGAAGACGCCUUGGGAAAGAACACCUGGGAUCAGGCUCUCUGAGGCAUGAACAGGAAGGAGUGCACCAGACUGUUGACCUAGUGGCUAUAUUAGUAAGUUGGGUGGGACAACCCGAAAUUCGUUCUGAAUGAGACUCUGUGGGGGAAAACUUUAAAUAUUGUACUGAGUUGAGUUGUCAUGGUUUCCAAAGAUUCAGGAAGGUUAUCCCCACCCUACUAACCAAUAUGUCUGCCAUGUGAAGAUGGUGUUUAUGGGGGCUGGGCAUCAAAUAACAGCAAAGUAAAAUCACACAACCCUUGCCUUCGUGUUUUAUCUGUCUGUCAUCACCUUUAAAUAAAUACAUUAACACUGAAGAAUAAUUAUAAAAAUGAUGAUUGGUGGCCUUAAGUAUUUAGUAAAUUCCGGGGAAUAACUAAUUUCGUAAAAUACAAACUAGCAUCUUAACUAGGAUAUUGUACCCAUUGCAUUUGUACACCACUUCUAUAACAUGGGGAAACCUUUGAAUUGUGUGCCAACAAAAUGUCUGUUAUUUGUACCGAAUAAUAAUGAGAAUGUAUUUAAAAUGAUUUUGUCAAAAAAAAAUAUUUAAGAACUCAGGCAACAGUUAAGAUGAUUAAUGUUUAAUUUCUCGAGUGCCGCAUCACAAUUCUUAGAUUAAUGCACAUUAAAGUGCAGAAUUACAAACAUGCAACGGAACCGACAAACUCCUCUGAAAAAAGGUUUGAUUGUUCGAUUUUUUUUAUCUCAACUGUACACUUUUAUCUAAUCGAUCGUGUCAUAUGGAUAAGGUCUUAUUUGGAAGCCAACGGGCUAACAUGGAUAUGCAUGUGCAACUCAGUAAAAUUACAAAUACGGCAUAGUUGUUUUAAUGUCUGUACAGCCCCCAUUAUGGAAAACAAAUGCCUACAGAAUCACUCAUCCAUCUCAUCCACUCGUUUUGUUCAUAUUUAUAAUGCAAUCAUUGUGGCCCGAAUCAGCAAGUCCACACAACUUUACAGUAAAACGUCACGAAGAGAAGCCACCUUGAAGCCAAGGAAAUGUACAUUUCAAUGUCAAAAUCAACCGAUGCAAUAUUUUACCAUUUGUUUCAUGACCAAUCGUCGUCCACUGUUGCAUAUCUUAUGUAACCAUCGCUAAGUGUACUCCUCUUCACCUGUCCAAAAAGACGAUGAAAUUGUAUUUAAGCAAGAGAUAAUCCUGGUAUGUAAAAAAUAUGUUUUCAAGGCUUUCCUCUGUAAGUCUUCAUGACACUAUUGUGGUCUUGUAUAGCAAGGUUUGAAUGCAUCAAGUACGUUUUUUCAGCUGUAUAGAAGAAAAAAUGCUGUUAUUGGAGGGCACUGUUUUUCUGUUGUACAUAAUAUCUUUAUUUUUGUAUUUUGACACACAAUGCUUGGCCCUUAUUUACAGUGCAAUGUGGUGCAUGGCUCACUGAGACAGUGGGAGAGUGCACAGACUGUUUUAUAUGUAGCCAACUAGGACAUCUCCCAAUGCAAUGUUGAAUACCAAAUAUGAAUAAACCCACUACAGGUUUUAAUA